AUGGCUCUCCCAGAAGUGCCGCUUACUAUUUCGACGAUGGCCACACAUACUAAUAUUUGGAGACUGGCGGGUUCUAUUUUGGUUAUGGUCGUGCUACGAUCCGCCUGGGUGGUUGUUUAUCGGCUCUUCUUCCAUCCACUUGCGAAGAUCCCGGGCCCGACUCUUGCAAGUGCAACAUUUUUAUACUCGACUUGGUAUAAUCUUGUGGGCGCACGAUUUUACCUUCAUAUCGAAAGGCUACACGAGAAAUACGGUCCCAUCAUCCGAAUUACGCCAAAUGAAAUCCAUCUAAGUGACCCCGAGAACUGCGAGAAAAUAUACUUUGUGGGAUCACGAUAUGCCAAAGAUCCUAUAUUCUAUGACGCAUUCGGCACGAAAAAAUCCGUUUUUAUAACAUCAACCCCGGAGGCCCACCGCAUAAAACGAGCUGCGUUGAAUCCUUUCUUCUCGCGGAAAAAGGUGCUCGAUCUAGAGGGUAUUGUGCAUGAGAAGGCACAAAAGUUGGUAGCCCGUAUGAAGAAAGCAUUUGAGUCUUCUGACGGCAUCGACCUUCAUCAUGGUUUUCGCGCAAUAUCGAUCGAUGUUAUCACGGACUAUGCUUUUGAUAAUUCUUACAACUUUCUUGACGAGGAGGACUUUGGAGUUGGGUUUUUCAAUAGUAUCCGGGCCAUAGGGCCUGCUCUGUGGUUCUUCCAACAGUUUCCUGCUAUCCAGGAUUUGGCUCUCCACAUACCCUACUGGCUUGCAAAGCGUCUUAGCGGUCCAUUAGCAAGUAUGAUGUUGCAGCAGGAGGACGCUCGUCGUCAGAUUCUUCGAGUCAAGUAUGCUGUUGAGAGAGGCGAAAAGGCGUCACGAACCACCAUCUUCCAUCAACUUUUACAACCUGAUGCGGCUGAAGCGUAUCCCACUGUGGACGACCUGGCAGACGAAGCUACUAACGUGCUUGGAGCUGCAGCGGACUCGACUGGAAAUGCUUUAACCAUUGCAGCAUAUAAUGUUGUUCGCAACCCAACCAUCUAUGCCAGAGUAUCAGCCGAGCUCCAAAACGUGUUUCCAGACCCUUGUUCUUCCAUGGACUUCCCUACGCUGGAGAAGCUUCCGUACUUGACUGCCGUGAUAAAAGAAGCACUGCGGCUAUCGUUUGGUGUUCCCGGUCGAGUACCUCGGGUGGUCCCAUAUUCUGGGGCUGAAUUUAACGGCCAUAAAGUUCCUCUAGGGACCGUGGUGAGCAUGAGCGCCUGGAUGAUGCACCAUAACACGAACCUCUUCCCAAACGCAGAGGUAUUCGACCCUGAACGAUGGCUGGAUCCUACACAGGCGAAAAUGCUCGAACGGUAUUUGUUCGCUUUUGGGAAAGGUUCACGACAAUGUAUUGGAAUGCCACUCGCCUAUUGCGAGCUCUACGUAACAUUAGGCCGGGUGUUUCGCCAGUUUGACAAUUUGAAGACGCCAGCAAAGACUAGGGAGGAGAUGCUAUAUAAUGAUUACUUUUCAGGGCAUCACCCGGAGAAGAACAAUAAAUUUGUCUUCCGACAGUCUUAG